UAUGAAUUAUAUUGAAAAAAUAAUAGAUAAAAAUGAAUCUAAUUGUAUUUUACAUUGAAAAUAUCUCAACAAUAAAUACAAACAACAAUUACGUCUUAAACUUGCAAAAUUUGUAGAAUCAGACGAUGUUACGAUUCGAUUUUACGAUCCGAUUGUGAAAGCUGCUUUCGAUUUAAAGUAAAAUUUCAAUUUUAACAACCUUGACGCCAUCCGUCUCACUUCAUUUGUAUUUAUUUUUUUAUUUUGAGUUAUCUCAAUUAUUUUACAUUAUUUUUUAUUUGAAAACAAACUAACUAACUUAUUUUAAUCUCAUUCAUAUAUUUAUACACAUCCACACAUAUUAAUUUUCGAUCUCCUUAUAAUUAUUUUCUUCAAAAUAUCUUUUUUUUUAUUCUAAUUCAAAGUGAAUGAAUAAUAAUAUAAAUCCAAAACUAGACAAGAUAAGGUACACCAAAUCUCUUGCGUAAGAGGUCCAAAAUAGAGUCCUACUAUUUACUAUGUUUCCUUGUAAAUUGUCAUGUUGUUCGCACUUGAACCAACCAAUUAUGUAUUAUAUAUAUAUUCUCUCGGUUCUUAAAAAUUUGGUCCAUUUAAUAAAAAAAAAUCUCAGAUAAAUAAAAUUAAAAUGAAGAAACUUAAAAGAAUCUUAUAGCAUGUUAUACUAUAAUCUAAAUUUUUUCUUUAUGUCAAUUCCUACCUAAAACUUCCUCUCUCUAUAAUUCAGGAACAACAAGAUUUCCUUUCAAGUCUUAGCUUACAAUCAUAUUUAUUUGGAAGAGACUUGCUGAUCUUUUCAAACCAAAUGGAGAAGACUCUAAAGUCCAAUAAUGAGAAAGAGCUUAUGCGAAUGGCAAUGUUAAAGCAUGAGGAAACAUUCAGAGAACAGGUGAAUGAACUACAUCGUCUGUAUAGAAUUCAGAAGAUGCUUAUGGAAAGUGUUGGAGUAAACAAACAACAACAACAGGAGAAGCAAAAUCUUGAACGUUAUAAUUUAUUAGAGAGCAGCAAAAACCCCUCAACAAUUGAUCAUUAUCGGCAACAAUUAGUACUACAACAACAACCAAAACCACAAAGAGAUGCUCAAGAACAUAUUGCAGAAUCAAAUGGUAAAAUCAGGAUGUUAGAAGAGGGUGAUAUCGAGUUAACUUUAAGCUUAGGACCAUCAUCUUGUAACCCUAGAAGACGAAAAAUGGGCAAAUCCGAGUCGGGUCAAAGCAUAUCAUCUUCUUCAACCGGGUCAAGUCAAACCCGGAAAACAAGUCCAAAGGAGAACAAUACAAUUACGUGGGCUGGUUUUCCUCAUCAAGGGUCGGGUAUGGAACCCGGUUUCUCAAAUGGGCAACAAAAUAGUAAUCCGCCAUGGUUAUACCAAGCUUUGAGCUUGAAACUGACUUGACUGAGUUUAUUGAUCAUUAGGAUAAUAUUUUAGUUUGUGUGGAGCCUUUUUUUUUUUUUUUUUUUUUUUAACUGUUAGUUUAUUUGGACUAAUGGAGAUUUGACAGAUCAGGCACCCAUAGAGGCCUUUGUAAAAAGUUUUUAAAUGUUGAUGAAAUGAGCAGCUUAUUAAUCUUACUACUAUAUGGAUUAGUAAUUCA